GUCAUCGGAGCGCGCCGGAAGCGCGGCUGUUUCUCACCGGGUAUCCCCCGUGUGGCCGGCUGCUCGCUGUUUUUGUGUGGGGGACGCAUGGCGGGUUUCGGGGAGCUCGGGCUGUCGUCGUGGCUCGUGGAACAAUGUCGGCAGCUGGGGUUGAAGCAGCCCACGCCGGUGCAGCUCGGCUGCAUCCCCGCCAUCUUGGAGGGUCGGGACUGCCUGGGCUGUGCCAAGACGGGCAGCGGCAAGACAGCGGCGUUUGUGCUGCCCAUCCUGCAGAAGCUGUCUGAGGACCCCUACGGCAUCUUCGGCCUCGUCCUGACGCCCACGCGCGAGCUGGCCUAUCAGAUCGCCGAGCAGUUCCGUGUGCUGGGCAAACCUCUGGGUCUGAAGGACUGCGUCAUUGUGGGUGGCAUGGACAUGGUGACGCAGGCGCUGGAGCUGUCGCGGAAGCCACACGUGGUCAUUGCCACCCCGGGUCGCCUGGCCGACCACCUGCGGAGCUCCAACACGUUCAGCAUCAACAAAAUCCAGUUCCUGGUGAUGGACGAGGCCGACCGGCUCCUGGAGCAGGGCUGCACCGACUUCACCACGGACCUGGAGACCAUCCUGGCGGCCGUGCCGGCCCGCAGGCAGACGCUGCUGUUUAGCGCCACGCUGACCGACACGCUGCGGGAGCUGCAGGGCCUGGCCACCAACCAGCCCUUCUUCUGGGAGGCGCAGGCGCCCGUGCGUACUGUGGAGCAGCUGGACCAGCGCUACCUGCUGGUGCCCGAGAAGGUCAAGGACGCUUACCUGGUCCACCUGGUGCAGAAGUUCCAGGACGAACAUGAGGACUGGUCUGUUAUCAUCUUCACCAACACCUGCAAGACCUGCCAGGUCCUGUGUAUGAUGCUACGGAAAUUCAACUUCCCCGCCGUGGCCCUGCACUCCAUGAUGAAGCAGAAAGAACGCUUCGCUGCCCUGGCCAAGUUCAAGUCUAGCAUCUACCGGAUCCUCAUCGCCACGGACGUGGCCUCCCGGGGCCUGGACAUCCCCGCCGUGCAGGUGGUCAUCAACCACAACACCCCGGGCCUGCCCAAGAUCUACAUCCACCGAGUGGGCCGCACGGCCCGCGCAGGGCGGCAAGGACAGGCCAUCACGCUGGUGACGCAAUACGACAUCCACCUGCUGCACGCCAUCGAGGAGCAGAUCAAGAAAACCCUGGAGGAGCUCUCGGUGGAGGAAGCCGAGGUCCUGCAGAUCCUAACACAGGUCAACGUGGUGCGCCGGGAGUGUGAGAUCAAACUGGAGGCGGCCAACUUCGACGAGAAGAAGCAGAUCAACAAGCGGAAGCAGCUGAUCCUGGAGGGGAGGGACCCCGACCUGGAGGCCAAACGCAAAGCCGAGCUGCUGAAAAUCAAGCAGAAGAACCGGCGCUUCAAGCAGAAGGUGGAGCAGACGCUGCAGCGGCGGCACAAGGCCGCGGGGGCCGGCCACAGGGCGCCCACGGCCACGCAGGACCCGGCCUGA